AUGACCGAAAUGAACCCUAGUUUAGGUUGGGAGAGGUUAUCAGAUGUUUUCUAUAGAAGUCGACAGCUAGGGGUUUGGGAUUGGAGCCAUAAUAAAGAAUUAAUUCAAACUUUCUCAACAACACUCUGCGCGCUUUGUUUUGACCAGAAGAUUCAUUGCUAUAAUUAUAAUGGUGAGCUAAUAUGGCAAUUAGAUGUUAACAAUUUACCUUCGAAGAUAGUAACAUUUUGUUUUGAUGAGGACGAGCGGUUCAUUUUAGUAUUGCAAGAUAGAAUACGGAAAGUUGAUGGUUGGUUUCCUUUAAUUAGUAAAGAUGCAAAAUUACCUGAAGAAAUAGGCGACAUUAUCUGGGAUUACAAGAAUGGGAUUGUUGUUUUACAGUCUAGUCAAGAUAUAUAUAGGUAUUAUGAUGAUUCAUUUGAUUUGCUUUGCAAAAAUGAAGAUCGGUUUACGUUGGCUACAAAACACCACUGGUAUGCCCAGAAAGAUUUGGUUGUUUUAUUGGGAAAUAAAACUGUGUUUCAUUUAACGGUUUCUACUAAGAGCUUUGAGAAGGCUAUUUCAGGCUCAUCGUGGCAAACCGUUAAGAUAUCUCCUAAGGGAUUUGUGUGUUUAUUCAAUUUUAGGUUGAGUAAUCUAGCAAUUUACAAGAGUCCGUCAAAGUUUUUGCUGGAACAAACAUUGGAAGAAAAUCCAGAUAUAAUUGCAUGGUGUGGGAAUGAUACUGUGGCCUAUUGUUCUCACGGUGGGGGAGAAGUGAAGUUAAUUGGCCCUCAAGGGUCGUACAUCACAUUUUGGUAUCCGGAUAUGAUAAUAGAUCUAAGGACAGAAAUUGAUGGAUUGAAGGUGCUAACUUCGAGUGCUACGAAUUUUAUUUCCAAGGUGGAGAAAUAUACUUCCAAAAUAUUCUCAAUUGGUUCUACUGAGUCAAGCGCGAUUUUAUUGGAUUCACUUGAAUUAUUAUCGAAUCACGCACCGAAGGCCAUUGAAAAUCUAAAAGUGAUCAAUCUCGAACAAGCAGUAUUGGAAUGUACGCUAGCUGCUAGAGAUGAAUUUUCGCCUUACUGGCAGAAGAGGCUUUUGUCUGCUGCAUCUUUUGGAAAAGACUCUUUGUCUAGUGAUUCCUUCGAUCCCAAGGUUUUUGUAGAUACUUGCAAUUUACUGCGAGUACUCAACACGCUUUCGCAGUUGGGGUUGUCGAUCACUGCGAAACAGUUGGAUGGGUUUACAGUUGAUGGAAUACUAAGUAGGUUACUGAGGUUGCGAAAGUUUCAUAAAUGUAUUCAAAUUUGCAAUUUCCUAAAGCAUCAUAAUAGACUAGCAGAUAUUUUUCAGGAAUGGGCACUUGCCAAGAUUAAGCUAUCUCCUGAGCUUGAAGACAUGCAGCUAUAUCUUGUGAUUAAAAACCAAGCCGCUAGACAGACGGUAGCUCCGCCCAUGAUAAAUAUUGCUCGGACUGCAUUCCUUGAGGGAAGAUUUGAACUUGCAAAGAACUUGACGUUAGAUAGUACCCACCCCAAACAAAAGUUACAGUUAUUACUAGAUAUGGAUGAGGUCGAACUGGCAUUAAUAGAGGCUGUCAAAACGAAUGAUCCAACUUUAAUUUUGACAUUGUUACUAAUCUUGAGGGAUAAGUUAACGGUUGCCCAAUUUACCAAGAUCUUGAUGUUAGUGAUGAAAGAAAAUCAGCUAAUGUUGUUUUAUGAACGUAAUAACUGGAAAUUUUUGUAUGAUUUCUACCGACAAACCGACAAAUUCCAAGAACUAGCACAGGUAUUGUUUGAAGAAGGUCAAAAAAACAAUGAGUUAUCCUCAUACUUCCCACAGAUAAUAAAUCUUCUAGGAUUUGUGGUAGAUAAUCCAUUAGUGAGCGAAAAUAAAGAACUGCUAACAAGGUACAACUCGCUCUAUGAAUAUCAACAUGAGCUUACAACUCUGUUCCAUCGCGAUUUCAAUAAUAUGACAAUGGACAAUACAUUGACCACCCUAAUCGAAAUGGGACAGGAAAGGCAUGUGGUUAAGCUGGUCAAGACAUUUAAGUUAAGUGACAGAAAGUUUUACCAGAUUAAAUGCAAAACAUUGUGCAAAUUGGGACGAUUUGAAGAACUAUUUAAUUUUGCAAAGGAGAAGAAAUCGCCAAUUGGUUAUAUGCCCUUCUAUGAAGGCACGUUUAAGAUGGGACAUAAAAAGGAAGCUGCAGUUUAUAUUGAUAUGAUAACUGGUUUAUCAGCUCAAAAAAAGAUUGACAUGUACUUGGACUGUGGUUCCUAUUGCGACGCUAUUCAAAUUGCUUCCAAAGAAAAGGAUAUAAAUGCAUUAAAACGCAUUAAAAAACUAAUCCCCGAUAAUCAGCCCCAAUUGACAGUCAUAUUGCGCGAAGCAAUGGGAAAGUUAUAG